AUCAGAGUUCUUGCAGGUGGAAUCUGCCUGCAGGGUCACUGACUUAGCCACAUUCAGCUUUUGCUAAGAGGGUAAUGAUCACAGUCUUGUGUUCAGUGUGUGUGGGUGGGAGGGGGGAGGUCCCUGGGAUGGCAGACCUCCUGCAGAGCUGUGUCCCCAGCACAGGGCCUAGUGUGCCUCAAGAUCAAUAAAUACCUGUGGAAUGCAUCCCCGUGCUGGCUAUCUGUGUUCACCCAGGGAGAGAGCAGAGACCCUCCCAGGGGGCCAGGUUACAGUGGUAUUCUGCCUGCCAGGCUGGCUCCACCCUCCUGUGCCCUCUCCACCCCUUCCCCUCCCCCCAGGUGACCUUACAGGCCUGCUGUCCCAAACUGGUGAUUCAGGCCUUUCAGCACUUUGCAGAACUUUGGCCCUUUGGAGGCAGGGCAGUCAGCCCGGGGAGGUCUAGCCCCCAGCUCUAUUUCUGAGUGGCUUCACUGGCUCCCUAUCUGCCCUGAUCAGAUGGAAGAAGCGCCCGGGGCUAUUUCCCUGCAAGAGGAGUCAAGGCACUGCAUGCGCUAAAGCCCCGCCUGCCCUUGGGGCUGCCCACUCUCUCCUGUGAUUCCCCCAGGGCGGGGGGGAGAGAGACCUAUUUAAGCAGGGCCCGGACUACAUCUCCCAGCGUGCCUGGCAGAGUGGUGGCCUCUGUGCGUCGGCUGUACCAGUUGUGGGCAACCAUGCAGCGGGCUGGGAGUGUGGUGUCCCGUCUGGGCUCGCGGCUGCAAGCUCUCCCCUCGGCCCCAUGCCGUUCGCUCAGUUGUGCGCAGGACGUGCUCCACAGGACACCGCUCUAUGACUUCCACCUGGCCCACGGCGGGAAGAUGGUGGCAUUCGCGGGCUGGAGCCUGCCCGUCCAGUACCGGGAUAGCCACGUGAAUUCACACCUGCAUACACGGCAACACUGCUCGCUCUUUGACGUGUCCCACAUGCUGCAGACCAAGAUAUUUGGCUGUGACCGGGUGAAGCUGAUGGAGAGUCUAGUGGUUGGAGACAUUGCAGAGCUGAAGCCAAACCAGGGAACACUGUCGCUGUUUACCAACGAGGCUGGAGGCAUCUUAGAUGACUUGAUUGUGACCAACGCCUCCGAGGGACACCUGUAUGUGGUGUCCAAUGCUGGCUGCAGGGAGAAGGACCUGACCCUCAUGCAGGACAAGGUUAGGGAGCUUCAGAACAAGGGCAGUGAUGUGGCCCUGGAGGUGAUGGAUAAUGCUCUGCUAGCCCUGCAAGGUCCCACUGCGGCCCAGGUGCUACAGGCUGGCGUGGCUGACGAUCUGCGGAAACUGCCCUUCAUGACCAGCGCUGUGAUGGAGGUGUUUGGCGUGUCUGGCUGCCGCGUGACCCGCUGCGGCUACACAGGAGAGGACGGUGUGGAGAUCUCGGUGCCGGCAGCAGAGGUCGUCCACCUGGCAGCAGCUCUGUUGAAAAACCCCGAGGUGAAGCUGGCAGGACUGGCAGCCCGGGACAGCCUGCGCCUGGAGGCGGGCCUCUGCUUGUAUGGGAACGACAUUGACGAGCACACCACACCGGUGGAAGGCAGCCUGAGCUGGACGCUCGGGAAGCGCCGCCGAGCUACUAUGGACUUCCCAGGAGCCUCAGUCAUUGUUCCCCAGCUGAAGAGCAAGGCACAGCGGAGGCGUGUGGGGUUAACGUGUGACGGGGCUCCUGUGCGGGCACAGAGUCCCAUCCUGAGUCCAGAGGGUACCGUGAUUGGUGCUGUGACCAGUGGCUGCCCCUCACCCUGCCUGAAGAAGAAUGUGGCGAUGGGUUAUGUGCCCUAUGAGUACAGUCGGCCAGGCACCCCGCUGCUGGUAGAGGUGCGGCGAAAGCAGCAGCCGGCCGUGGUCAGCAAGAUGCCCUUUGUGCCCACAAACUACUACAUCCUUAAAGCGCAUUUCUGAGCGAUGGACCAGCCUAUGUGCCAUUGACCCCUCUCUUGCCUGCUGGAGAAGAUUGAUUCUGGUAUCUCGUCCUUCGAAAAGGCUCACUUCAAGGGGGGAGAAAGCCUGCCCAACCUACCUCACCACGGUUUCUCACACUGCAGUGCCGGCUACCUCCUCUAGUUCACUGGCCAUGAAGGCAAGCCGUUGCCUCUCCCUGGGCAGAGAUGUGAUUCCUGACUCAUAGAGGGUUGGCCCAGUAGGGCUGCGGGGCCCAUGUGUAAACUCGGGGAUGGCUGAGGUGGGCAUGGAUCCAUUCUUUCACAUUCUCCAGUUGGCACAAUCUGCUGCCCAGUAGCCAGCCACACCAGGCCAGGCUCACCAGCUGUUCUGAGCCCCAGGGCUGCUGUAGACAGGCUGGGCCUCCUCCCCAGCUUGCCUUAUCCUGGGCUGACCUUCACCCCUGGGACUUAUUAUUGGACUCCACAGUACUAAAAAAAAAAAUUAAAUGAGCUUCCUUCC